AUGGAAGAUGGAAGUGAUAAAGUGUUGUGUACUGCAAUGACUCACACGCAUAUGGAGAACGAACUUAAGUUAGCUGGAAAUGCCGUGAGAUCGUCCUCUCUUUGCGUAAACACCAUCAGAAAUGAAACCUUGCAACCCCUACUGGCACAAGCGAAUCAGAGCGGAUCUGAAGUUCGGCACACUCAGUCUGAAAAUAGAAAUCAUGCUGAAUUGAAUCUGACGAUUCCAUCACAAUUCAGGAACAUAAGAUCUGCCCUGAAUUUUAUCCGAAAAAACAAUCUGUCGUCGAAGGGCAUUUCUAUCCAAAUUUGUGAAUCAGUACCGGACGGUCUUUUCGAACUAGUGCAGAAAAUUCUACGCUUCAGAUGUAAGGUCGAUAUUGCUUGCGUGAGACCGACCUUUAUACGAGAAGGAACAUGGAAGUUAGAUACCAACAGUACUGGAUCAGCUUUUGCUGUGAAGCUCUUUGAUCGAUUCGGAUACACUGUGAUCAUUCGCGGAGGCCCCUGGACAUUUGAGAAUUGUGAGCUGAAGAACAUCAUGGGGGCGGCUAUUCGGAUGGAGGAGGCAGCGGUUUCAACUUUUAUGGUUUGUGCAGUUGGGGGAGAGUGCGAAAGAGAUGCCCAGGCCAGAGAUGCAUUCUGGCUCACCGACAGGGCAGAUUGCUGUAUCAAGGGUUGCACGAUACAGUAUUGCAGUUUUGUUGCUGUGGCAUUGUGGAAUUCAGCAGUUUCGACAAUAUCUGAAUGUGCCAUACGGCAUGUCAGAGUUGCAGUAGACUUGAAUGACGAGUCAAGAGCAGAGGUCCGAGACUGCAAAUUGGAAUCUGUGUACAAUGGAGCCUUCUGGACUUGGACCGUCGGAAAUCAGAAGACAGACAGCGAGCUCGUGGUAGUUAAGAGCCGAAUCUCAUGCCUGAUGUGGUGGGGCAAUGGAAGACCCAAGAAAGUGGUGGAUGAGGAUAAUGAAGUUCAACCCACGGCCAGUGCUGCGUUCGCCGCCGAAUACCAGAAAGUUGUCAAGAGACAGCGUGCUCAGAAGGAUGACGACAGCAGCACUCAAGGGUCGAAUUCCUCAGUUCAUAUCGCUUCAGAUUUCGCCUCCUAUGAUGCACUCGUGCAAUCCAACGAGCAGGAGGACUCGAAGGGAGAUGUCGUUCCGGUGGUGUCACCCUUCAAGGGGAGUCUGCAGAGGAACGAGUCAAAGCCGGAGGUCGCUCUCAAAAUGUCGCUCGGUGGAUGGCUCGAGCCAGUUUCAGUCGACCUUAAGGACGAGCGCCGUCUCCCUGCCUCCUCACCUGAAGGUAGCCGGAGCGAGUGGGAACUGAAGCAAGUGACGGGUGCAGGAGCAGCCAGACCGGAACGACGGUGGAGGAUCAGCGGACGAAAGGCCAAGAGAGUCAAGUGA